AUGACCAAAUCCACCGCCAAGGGCACCGUGCUCAACUUUGAACUGAGUCCCGAGGAUAUUGCUCGCUCGGUCGACAAGAUGAUUGCCGAGAGCAAGCUGAUUCUUGACAAGGCCGCUGCCGAGACCAACCCGACGUUCAGCAGCGUUAUUGUGCCGCUGGCCUCGCGCGAGAACGCGCAGGGGGCAGAGUACUCUGUCAUUACGUUUUUGCAGAACGUCAGCACCAAGAAGGAGGUGCGCGACGCCAGCUCCGAGGCCGAGGAGAAGCUCGAGGCGUUUGAAAUCGAGCUCAUGAUGCGUGAGGACGUGUACAAGGUCGUGCGUGCCGUGUUUGACAACCAGGCAGAGAUGGCUGCGCUGGGACCCGAGGACCGCAGGCUGGUCGAGAAGCUUGAGGAGGACUACCGCCGCAACGGCCUUGCACUCAGCGCCGAAAAGCGCGAAAAGCUCGGCCAAAUUAAUAAGCGCCUGUCAGAGCUGGGCAUCAAGUUCAGCCGCAACACCAACGAGAACGACGGCCGCAUUCUAUUCACCCGUGAGGAGCUUGAGGGCCUGGCCGACGACUACUUUGAGGGCCGCGCGACCGAGGUGGUCGACGGCGUCGAAAAGUACGUUGUCACGACAAAAUACCCCGACCUGGUUCCUGUCAUGCAGGCGGGCAAGAAGGAGAAGACACGCAAGCUGCUUUCGACCGUCAACGAGCAGCGGUGCCCCGAGAACAUUGAGCUGAUGCAGGAGGCGAUUGCACUGCGCGUCGAAGCAGCUCAGCUGCUGGGCUUCAAGACCCAUGCAGAGUUCAAGCUGAAGGAGAAGAUGGCCAAGACCCCAAAGGAGGUGAUGGACUUUGAGCACGACAUGCAAAAAAGACUGAACGUACUGGCCCAAGGCGAGCUCAAGGAAAUUGAGGGGCUGAAGCGGGCAGACAACAAGGCAGCGGGCGUGCCCUACGAAGGCCUGUAUCUGUGGGACCACCGGUUCUACUCGACACUGCUAAAGGAGCGCAAGCACAACGUCAGCGAGGACGAGGUCAAGCAGUACUUCCCGAUGAAGGAGGUGACGCGCGGCAUCCUGGACAUUUACCAGAAGAUGCUCAGCCUGCGGUUUAUCAAGGUGGAGAACCCGCCCGUGUGGCACGACGACGUGGACAUGUAUGAGGUGUGGGAGGCCACGGGCGACACGUUUGUCGGCCACUUCUACCUUGACCUAUACCCGCGCGAUAACAAGUACAACCAUGCUGCUGUCUGGCCGAUUCGCGCCGGGUAUGCCCGCGAAGACGGGUCACACGAGUACCCGGUGGCGGCCAUGGUUGCUAAUUUCCCCAAGCCCACGGGCUCGACGCCGGCGCUGCUGAAGCACGACGACGCGGUGACGCUUUUGCACGAGCUUGGCCAUGUCUUCCACGGGAUCUGCUCGGUGACCAAGUGGUCGAGAUUCCACGGCACACGCACAGAGGGUGAUUUUGUAGAGGCGCCGUCGCAGAUGCUCGAAAACUGGGGGUGGGAGCCCUCGGUGCUGCGCCAGUUUGCCGUGCACCACAAGACUGGAGAGCCCAUUCCCGAGGACCUGGUCAAGCGGCUUGUGGCUGCGAAGAACGAGGGCGCUGGCCUGUUCAAUCUGCGCCAAGUGUUCUUUGGUCUGUUUGACAUGGCCAUCCACGACACCACCAAUGGCGAGGUUGAUUCCAAGGCCAUCUACAACAAGCUGCGCGAGGAAGUUACGCAGUUCAAGAACGGCGACGUCGAGACUUGGGGCAUGGCUACCUUUGGACAUAUGAUGGGCGGGUACGACGCCGGGUACUACGGGUACCUGUGGUCGCAGGUGUUCAGCGCCGACAUGUUUGCAUCCCGGUUCCUCAAGGAGGGCGUUGACAACCCGCAGACUGGGCUGGACUACCGCCACGAGAUCCUGCUUCCCGGCGGCAGCCGCGACGCGUCGGUGAGUCUGGAGCAGUUCUUGGGCCGCAAGCCCAACAACAAGGCGUUCCUCAAGUCGAUUGGGCUCAAGCUCGACUGA